CAAACUGCACUCUUUACUUAGUACCUUUCAAAAUCUCUUGCAAUUACCUUCUGAAAGCAUGUUUAAAGGGAUAUUACUUUGUGUGUUAUUUGCUGUGCUCUCUGCAAACCCAUUGUCACAGCCAGAAGGCUUUGCAGAUGAAGAACGAGAUGUCCGAGGACUUGCAUCUUUGCUAGGUAAAGCUUUAAAGGCUGGUUUAAAAAUUGGUACACAUUUUCUGGGAGGAGCACCUCAACAACGGGAAGCCAAUGACGAACGUCGCUUUGCUGAUGGACAACAAGACUACACAGGUUGGAUGGAUUUUGGCCGCCGCGACGGACAACAAGACUACACAGGUUGGAUGGAUUUUGGCCGCCGUGAUGAUGAAGAUGAUGUAAAUGAACGAGAUGUCCGAGGAUUUGGCUCUUUCCUAGGUAAAGCUUUAAAGGCUGCUUUAAAAAUUGGUGCAAAUGCGCUGGGAGGAGCACCUCAACAACGAGAAGCCAAUGACGAACGUCGCUUUGCUGAUGGACAACAAGACUACACAGGUUGGAUGGAUUUUGGCCGCCGCAAUGAUGAAGAUGAUGUAAACGAACGUGAUGUCCGAGGAUUUGGCUCUUUCCUAGGUAAAGCUUUAAAGGCUGCUUUAAAAAUUGGUGCAAAUGCGCUGGGAGGAGCACCUCAACAACGGGAAGCCAAUGACGAACGUCGCUUUGCUGAUGGACAACAAGACUACACAGGUUGGAUGGAUUUUGGCCGCCGCAAUGGUGAAGAUGAUUAAUAUUCUUCUUGAAAACCUCAAAUGUAUAAAGCUACAUCUGUUUAUGUACAGAGGAAAUAAAGCAUUUACUAUCUGAAG